UGGGAGCCAAGUCCAAAAUAUAUAAAAUUACAAUUAUCACUGUGUGCUGAAUAGGAGAAACUCUGGAGGCUGUGAACCAAGGAGAGUUUCUGACUUUGCAGACAUAUCUGAACAUGAAGCCAUCAGGUGCCCUCCUGGUUUUGGUCAGUGUGGCCUGUGUGUUCCUUGUUGCAGAAGCUGUGAGCCAAGGAGGCUUUCAGGCCUUUUGCAGCAACUAUGAGAAUAAGUUCACUCCAGAUGGCAAAUCUUGCCCCAAGAUCCACAAGCCGGUGUGUGGUACCAAUGGACAAACUUACCCAAGUCCCUGUGAAUUCUGCAAAGCAGCUCAGGAAAGAAAUGGAAAACUUGGUUUCAAACAUGAAGGGAAAUGUUGAUUCACCAAAUGUUGCAAUUCUGGAACUGUAUUUGCUUUGAUUUCACAUUAGAAAAUUUGUUUAUUGUUACCAAGUGUACAUAGCAAUGAAUUUUCACUGUAUCUCACAUGAUGAUGCACAAAAGAAAGCAGUUCCAAUAAAGUGAU